AUGACUUCCUAUCACUACUGUGGGAAAGAAGGAGAAAAGAUUCCAGACGACGUGCAAGAAUUAAAUAUUCAUCCUCUCGUUCGACGGAUUCCGUUCGCGGCGUGCUAUGGGCGCAAACAACUCACGCGAGUCAACUUCAAUGGAUCCGCUCUAACAGAAAUUGGAAUUCAAGCCUUUUAUGGCUGUGCAAGCUUGUUGGAAAUCGAAAUACCUGCGUCGGUGACAGAAAUUCUAAAAGAGGCCUUUAUGAUGAAUUGUGAGGCAUUGACAAAAGUUCAUUUUCAUGAAGAUAGUGUGUUGACCUCCAUUGGAAAGAACGCCUUUUAUCUUUGCAAGUCAUUGACUGAAGUAAGCAUUCCUGCGAGUGUUAUUUCCAUUAAAGAAGGUGCCUUUCAGUCUUGCUGCUUAUUGAGAAAGGUUCGUUUUCAUCAAGAUGGUUCAUUGACAAACAUUGAAAGAGAGGCCUUUGCCAAAUGUAGAUCCUUGACUGAUGUGACCAUUCCACCUAGUGUCAUGAGCAUUGCACCUUGUGCCUUUUGGAAAUGUCAACUCUUGGCACGAGUGCGCCUCAACGAGGGACUAGGUGUCAUUCAUGCUGAUGUUUUCUUGGGCUGUGUCAAAUUGGAAAACGUGGACAUUCCGAGAAGUCUUUCGAUAAUUGGCUGCGGUGCAUUUUAUGAGUGCGCUUCAUUGCAGAAAGUGAAUUUUGAGGAAGGAGAAUUGACAGAAAUUGGAAAACAGGCCUUUCAAGGAUGUGUGAAAUUGCACACUGUCAACAUCCCUACCACUGUUGAGCGCCUUGAAACAAGGACAUUCAGGAACUGCAACUCAUUGGAGGUAGUGAAGUUCCAGAAUGGUCUUCAAUAUGUUGAAGAAAAAGCAUUUUACUUGUGCAAGAAUUUGCAAGCAGUUUCUUUGCCGGGAUCAGUGGAGUGGAUUGGCCAUGGGGCUUUUUGUGAAUGUUCCAAGUUGUUAUCAGUGGAAUUUGGGGAUCGCCCUAGAUUUGUGCAGCUAGAUAGCAUGGCGUUUUCGGGAUGUGCAUCUUUAGUAAACAUUUGUUUUCCCGUCGAAAUCCCGUUGACCCUCCGCUGUGCGGUGUACAGCGUCUUUCAAGGCUGCACAACGCUGGAAAAUCAAUAUGGUCAUGCGAACAUGCAGUUUGAUCUGGUGCAUCGCUUUGAGAAUUUUCCGAUACACAAGCGAUGUCACCACGCCUCUGUUACAACAACGGAUGAGCUGGCUCAAGAGAUUGACUCGUCGAUGAAGUCUUUGCAAGGUAAUACUACCCAUGAUCAUUUGGUAGAUCGUUUCGGUUUGACACCAUUUCACGUUCUACUAUCGGCUGCAAGCUGCAGACUUGAUCUUUUGCAAAUCUUGCUAGCUGCGUAUCCACCGCAUGUCCUUGGAUGGAAAGACGUGAAUGGAAAGACUGCCGUUGAAUGCUUGACCCAACGAAUCUAUCUGUCUGAAGACUCACGAAACAUGCUUCGAAUGGCUCUUGAUCGAUGGUUGGUGGGUUCUGUAUCGAGCUGGAAUGCAUUGGAAGCUUGGAAGGUUGACAUGUUAAGUAGGGUGAAUGCGAUCGUUGCCGAGGAGGAAGUCGAACAGAGGCAUUUUUUGCUUCGAGAGGCGUCGAUGGCUUUGUCGCGGUACGAGAAGUUGGAAGCUACGACGUUGUUGGAGUUGUCUUUGUGGAAAACUGAGUUGAAUUCGGCCAACGAUGCCUUAGAGGAUGAUCCAGUGAGGACUAUGGUCGAUAGGAAUAAGCGAGAAGCAUAUCAGAUUCGAAGUGGUGCCUUAGUCGUCAUCCCGAAUGUAAUUUCAUUCCUCCACGACAAUAUUCUAACAUAA